AUGCGGGCUCAUGCCUCCACCACACCGCCUCGUAAAGGCGUUUGUCGUCGGGUAGCCUCGUUAGUGAACGAGUGCGUGGCACCAUCGCCGCUGCAGGACUGCGCACCUCGCCAAACGAACAUCCGAGAGCAUAAAAAAGUUCGGAGAUUGAACAACGAAGGAAACGAACAAGCACCGGACCACCAUGUCGCCAACCAUACCGGACCUGACAACUUCUCCGUCCUGGACAACCAACCGAGACCGGCUAAGGAAUCGACCAUGCAUAGUGAUCAUAAAACCGCUGGCGCUAAAGAGAAUGCCCGCCCUGUCUCAGAACGAAACGAGCGGGGUAGUGGAGACACUGAACAAGCAAACGGGGGCAAGCCGACUUCUAGUCAGUCCAAAGCUAAUUCGGUAGAGUAUUUGGGUGACAGGGAAGAAGACAAAGGUGACAGGGAAGAAGACAAAGGUGACAGGGAAGAAGAAGCUGAAGGAUGGUCGACGGAGAAUAAAGAGCACAUCAAAGAGCAAGGCAAAGAGCAAGGCAAAGAGCACGGCAAAGAGCACGGCAAAGAGCACGGCAAAGAGCAAGGCAAAGAGCAAGGCAGUCAUGAACAAGGCAGUCAUGAACAAGGCAGUAAUAUUGUUGAUAUAUUCAGAAAUGGACGACCACCGAAACCACGACGGCCUACAGUGGGUGCUGAGCCGGCGGAUAAGUCCACGGAGAAGACGAAGUUCGACACUUCAGACUACCAGAUGUUCGACAAACUCCCGAACGAAAAAAAGGAUCGGUUAUACUUCGUGGCUCGGUUGAAGCCCUACAUCUCGCCGAACUCUACAGUUCUCGACUAUCUCGCGAGAAUAGAUUUAAUCAAAGUUGAUAAACUAAUGAUUCUUCAUCGGGCUCUGUGGCAAGCGUCAUCCCAGCCGUGUCCUGAAAACUAUUCCGAACAGUUUUCGGGGUUCGGGAAUAACCACAAGGCGGUCGCGAACCCGGUGGUUGUGAACCCGGUAGGUGCUAACCUGGUAGGUGCUAACCUGGUAGGUGCUAACCUGGUAGGUGUGAACCCGGUAGGUGUGAACCACUCAGUUUCCGACACAAGCCGGACCGGAUGUAACCAAGUAGUCAACGCCAACGGGACGAGCUCGGGCGGGAUGGAGGGUCAGCCGCAGCGAGUGGACGGUCUCGAUGUUCCCUCGGGUACGAGCGGAGUCCGCUACAUACCUGGGCGACCGACUGAUAUGCAUGCGAGUCAGAAUAUGGUAUACCGCACCCAGCCCGUUCUAAUCAGUGAAGUCCAUGGCAGUCAGCACCAGGUCAGCGGCAGUCCGGUGCCACAGGAGGCGUUCCGUUGUCGCGGGUGCGACUGCCAUGGGGGCGACUCGCGUGUGUGUGCAGACAGCAGCGUAGACGAAAUCGCACAUGACCGGCGGUGUAGUGAUGGCGAGGUGGCUUUACGAGAACGAACGACAGUGGCGGGAGUCAAGCGACGCAGCCACCCUCUGGAAACGGGUUCGAAGCGGGUGCGUGAGGACCCGGGCUCAGUCUUUUCCUUCGGCGAACGAACGGACAGCGCGGUCCACGAUAUGAGUCGUGGACAGGACGCUCGCGGGUUGUGUAAUCGGGUGGGAGUAUUUGCAGCGGCGGAGGGGACACCUUUACCUUUGACACGGAACACGGACGCGACUCUGGUGUUUGACUUUGCGACUUCGCUGCCUUCCAGCAGGUCCCGGUACUCAGGAGAACAGCCGCCACCGCCGGCACCGCCGCCAUCCGCUCCAACGGUGUCGCUCAAGACGGAACCGGGUCUGCUAGACUUCUUAGCUUUCGUGCGCGAGAAGUGUUAUUCAUAUGAGCAGAUAAAACGUUUGUGCGAAAAUGAAGGCGCACUGGACGGCUGCAUUCAAACCCCCUUUUCUAAUCUCGGCAAGCUAAAAUACCUUAGUACUAUUAUGAACGAAUUAGGCAACAAGUUGGAAAGCAGCUUCAGCGACUUUUCAGCACUUCAACCUCGCAGAGCAUCACAACUCACCCAGAUCACUAAGGCCGAGAAAUUCCUACGACGCUGCAUAAUCAUCAAACUCGCUGCCGAUGUCAGACAAUGCGCAGAAUCAGAACUCACCAAAUUCAUCGCCCACAGAACAUCCCACGACCUCAAGAAACGCAUACCAAACACUCCAUUAAGUAUACACGCAUUUACAUGUUUGACGCGUACACACACUUUGCCACUUUGCCAUCCCACAGCCAGUUGCCCUACACACACGUUGGCAUCCUAUCCCACAGCCAGUUGCCCUACACACACGGCCGUCGCUUGA